AUGGACAUGGCGGCUUUCAGUGCAUUAAAUAAAAGCACAAAAAAAGAUAUUCCCGACUCAAACUGGGACUUAAAACUACACUUGGGCGUCACUUUCUUGAGAAACUGUUUAAAACUUGGCAAAAACCUCACCAUAGAAAAACACCAAAAAGUUCUAUCGCGAGCACAUUUGCCUUCACCACCUUCUGUUUCCGUACGCAAGGCCACAAUACCCGAAACAUGUAGGUCACAAGCUGAAGAUAUUUUGGCUGGUUUGUUAAGCGGACAAGAGGAAAAAGUUGGCUGGCGAUGGAGAGAAGAUCCGAUGAAACAACGACCGUUACGUGGUGAAUGGGUAGAAUCGAAAAAACGAAAGAAACGAACGGCAGUCGACCGUGUUGUUUUGUUUAUUCAUGGUGGUGCUUUCUUUUAUGGAAGUGCUGCACAACAUCGGUUCUUGAUCCAAAAGGUUACGAAAUAUGGUGGUGCUAGAGCUUUAAGCAUUGAUUAUCGUUUAGCUCCUCAAUCACCGUUCCCUGGCGCUUUAGUUGAUGUAUUAGCUGCAUAUUUCUAUUUAAUACACCCACCUGCUGAUGCUGGAUUUGAGCCAAUAAGUCCAGAAAAUAUCAUUGUGAUGGGUGACUCGGCUGGCGGUGGCUUAACGAUUGCAUUGAAUAUGGUUUUACGUGAUGCUGGUCUUCCAAAACCUGUUGCAGGAGUAUGUUGGUCUCCUUGGGUUGAUCUUUUCCACUCAUUACCUUCAUGUGUCAUGAAUAUUGAAACAGACUACAUUCCUAAUGGGUUCGUUCACAAAGCGUCCCCGGCAAACCCGAUAAAAGACUACAAAGACAUUAAUCAACGAUUGCAAAGAAUUCAUUAUUACGCGUAUAACUCUGCAAUAGAUAUCCCGUAUGUCAGUCCGAUUUUGGCUGAUGAUUUAGGUGGACUGGGAAAUUUAUUCAUUACAUGCGGUAAAGGUGAAAGAUUACAUGAUGAAGCGAUUUUAUUCGCACACAAGGCAGCAAAAACGCAUCCCGAAGUAUUUGACACUAAAAAAGAAGGAAGACACCCAUAUCCGCCGACAAAAGUGCAUCUUUUUGUUUACGAUGCAAUGCCACACGUCUUUCAAAUGUUUCUUUUCCAUCCAGCUGCUAUAAGUUCAAUUAAACAAUCCGCCGCAUUCAUACGCAAAUUAAUACCGGAGCCACCCACGGAUUCAACAACCCGAUCGCAGCAUCAGUCCACCGUUGAGAGCUGUAGUGAUAGCUCGGGGUCAGACAUUUCGUUGUUGGAAGAAGAAACCGAGAAUCUUGAAGACGAAAACGAAAUUCUGGUUCAACGAUAUUGUGAUAUUAAAGGGAAACCUCGGGAGAAAAAUGAAUUGGACGAUACUGAUCCUAGUGUUUUGAAAGAGUGGGUGAAAUUUUUGGGCAAGUUCCCAGAUUUUAAGGCACAUCCCGAAUAUUUGGAUGUAUAG